CGGUUCCGAGAGCCAAGCGGCAGCAGCCUCUCCUCUGGCAGAUGAAUGCAGAGCCCCCACCUCCUCCCUGGAUUUGGAUGGUCCCGAGUGCGGCUGGGCUCUUCAGGAUAGGUGGGGCCGGGGUGGUGCCCCCUCCGCUUCUGCUCUCUUCGCCACAUCCUCCCCACCCUGCUCCACUGCUCCAGGGGCUUCCUGGCUGGCAAGUCCCCUGCGAGCCUUUCUUGCCUCUGUCAGUGCCCUCUGCGCCAGAUCAGCGCCCUGGUGUGCACCAGUAUCCCUUCCUGAAUGGGCAGUGGAUGUUUGGAGCUCAUUCUCCAGUUAUAGGAUUUUCACCUUCUUCUAGUGUGGAAUUUGUUCCUAUCUUCCCACAUGUAUACACAUCUACUAUUCCACCUCAUGCCAGGAAAAGUUGGAGAGAUAAGAGACUACCUAAUUGCAAGAUAUAUUUAAAUAACGCAUUUGCUCUGGAUUCAGCAUGGAUACAUCCUGAGGAAUCAAGAAUCUUCCAGGGACAUGAGAAGCCUCUUUUAAUGACAAAUCAAGUAGCUAUGGCUAUAUCUAGGCCAGCUACUGCCUCAAGACCUCUUCCCACAGUGGUGUUAACACCUCAGCCCAUACCAGGUGGUUGCCAGAAUAGCCUUAAACAAGUGGGCAGUCAUCAGACAAUUGCAUUAGCUGCUGCUGCAGCAGCAGCUGCCAUGGUGUCCGUAGAUUCAGAAGCAACUCAGGGACCAUCACCUACAAGUAUCCAACCUUGCCAUGUGCUCACUCUGUCACCUGUCAAAAUACCAGUUUUGACUUCACCGUUUCCAGGUGCUGCUUCUAGAGUGGAUGCUCAUAUGACUCCUUUGAUGCCAACGCAAGUCACCAGGGUUGCUGCUGUAUCUACACCAGCUGUGACUUUCAUGGCAACCAAUUUCAUGGAUCAGACAUUAACAGAUAAAGGCAAAGAAUCAAGCAGAGCCUCCUGCCCACCAACAUUGAUUUUACAUACCGACAGGAAAAGCAAGCCAACAGAGAAUGAUGAGGAUAAGGAUCAUCCUUUGAAACUAGUAAAUGAAGAUGAUAGCAUUUCAAAUGGCAACAAGCCUGUGGCAUCUACUCCUGUACCAGGAUCACCAUGGUGUGUAGUCUGGACUGGAGAUGACCGAGUCUUCUUCUUCAACCCUACAAUGCAGCUGUCAGUAUGGGAGAAACCAGUGGAUCUAAAGAAUCGUGGUGAUAUUAAUAGAAUCAUUGAAGAUCCACCUCAUAAACGCAAGCUGGAAACUUCAGCAACAGAUAAAAGUGAUAGUUCUUGUCCAGAGGAAGUAAGUGAUGACCAUAGCACCAAAACCAAGAGAAAUAAAACGGAAGAUCCCCAGAAUGCUGAUCAGGAGAAGGUUGAAGUGGAACAGAAAAUUGUGAAAACAUCAGCACAUCAGAUUAUUCUUCCUUUAGAAGAACGCAUUGCCCAUUUCAGAGAUAUGCUUCUGGAAAGAGGGGUCUCAGCAUUUUCUACAUGGGAAAAAGAAUUACACAAAAUAGUAUUUGACCCACGCUACCUUCUGCUAAACUCUGAAGAACGUAAACAGAUAUUUGAGCAGUUUGUCAAGACCAGAAUAAGAGACGAGUACAAGGAAAAGAAAAAUAAAUUAUUGCUAGCCAAAGAAGAAUUUAAAAAACUUCUGGAGGAAUCCAAACUGUCACCAAGAACAACAUUUAAAGAGUUUGCAGAGAAAUAUGGCAGAGAUCAGCGGUUUCGACUUGUUCAGAAGAAAAAAGACCAAGAGCAUUUUUUCAACCAGUUCAUUCUUAUUCUUAAAAAGCGGGACAAAGAAAACAGAAUAAGGCUACGGAAAAUGAGAUAA